AUGCAAACAGCAUUGUACUCAUUUCAGCCUGCGAUCAAACGUGGCGUUAGAGUUGUUGCUCUCGCCGAACUUCAGGAGACGAGUGAUGUGGCCUGUGAUACUGGCAGCGAUGUGGCAGACUUGAAGCGUGAAUUCGAUGACUAUCAGCUUGGACCAGCUACCCCUGUCGUGGAUCUCAGUCUAGUCCCAGAGGAUUGGAACAAAAAGGUGCCUACUCUUAUCGGUAGAUGGGCUCCUUCGUCCGACGCCCUCGUAAGCCGAGCUCGCGCUGCACGCCAAUGGCUGAGGCAAAGACCGGAGAAGGAAGUAGUCGCCAUUUGCCACGGCGGAUUCUUGCAUUACCUUACGCAAGACUGGAGCGGUAUCAAAGCUGAAGAACACGCAAGCGCAUGGGAAAAUUGCGAUUUUCGAACCUAUCAGUUCGAUGAUAAUUUAGACGACGCGACAAUGGUCGAGACCGACGAGUCACGACAUGCCAGGGGUGUUGCAGAUCAGAAGGUGCCCACCAAAGAAAAGCAAUACGUUCUAUAUCUACAGGCGAUGCAAACGUGGGAAGACCGAGGAUUCCAGAACCCAUUGAAACUUAACAAACAAUUUUUAACUGCACCCUAA